AUUCUCUGGUUUCCUCACUUUUUUCUUCAUACAAAGUAGAGUCUUAAAUAUAAACUUUAAAAAAAUCAGAUUUAGCUUGGUAGAAUAACUUGCUACAGUGUAGUUGUCUCUCCUCACCUCCCUUAGAAUGUAAGCUCCUUAAGGGAAGGACAUGCUUUAUUUUUGCAUUGUAUCCCCAAUGUCUGGCACAUGGAACCCACUUAAUAAAUGUUUGUUGUUAUAUUGAUUGAUAUGAUUGAUGUGAUAAUAGAUGCUAUGAGUUGCUUCUCCCUUUGUGUCCAAUCCCCAAGAGACCAGUUGGCAAAUUAUAACAGUUGUGGUGAAUUGGCUUAGAUUAUUAUAGUUCAUUUACUUAUGUAGAAAUCUCUAAUCCUAGAUAAAAUAAGUUAAAUUACUAUGCUUUGUUCAAACUGGGAUUUAAAUGGAUAAACCAAAGUGGCAAACUGAUUCUACUGCUCUGAAUGCUACCUUUUGUGAUCUAAAUUGUGUGUGUGUAUGCAUAUAUAUCUGUGUAUAUUGCUCACUGUGCAAGCACAGCUAACCAAGUAUUUGUUUCUGUUAUAACACUAAAUGCAUUUUUUAUCACUUGCAAUCUGAAAGCUUGAUUUUUGCCAGUUCUUAGAGGGAAUGGUGAUUUUACAUUUGAUAAAGCAUAUUAGCAUAUGUUUGAGUUGCAUUGUAGUUAGAAUAUUUAUUCUUCAAACAAAAGAAAAAUCCUAAUUCCAACCUUAAAUUUUUGAAUUGUGUUUCCAGACAAACCUCUUACAUUUUAAGAAAAACUGUGUCAGGGGAUAAGGUAGACUGUAAAAUGGAGGAGAAGCUUAGCUUUACUGUGGAGUCUGAGUCUGGGUGUAACCUAACUAGCUAGAGGAUAUGCAAUUCAUGAUUGACAGCGGGACUAGCAUUAUGCAAAUACUGUAAGGGAGAACUGCAGCUCAGGAACAGUGAUCAGGGGCUCUGUUAGGGAUCUUUCUACACACGCCACUCUCUAGCUUUUCAUUUUUCUGUUUCCUGUGUUUGUAAAUAAAUAGCACAAAGCAGUUUUUACUUCAUUUGUCUUCACUAAAGCAAAUCUACAGAGCAGUUUCAGUUCAUCAGCUAGAGAUAUACAUGUGUGAGAAACUGAUAUUCUCAUUAAAUUAGGUAAUUUUUAGAAGGGCACCAUGCUUAUCUUUGGACCUUUGUGUAUUAAAUCCUGUUUAGGGCUAUUCUCUUUACACACAAGUGUGUUCUGCUUGUGCCUUCCUGUCUUCUCCAGUGAAAAGUCUUAUGUAGGUCAGGCUUGGCUUAAGCAGAUUUCCUGAACCUGCGUCAGCUUAAGCUGGAGGAAUUUUAAUAAACCCUCCCCUGUAGGCGUGGGCCUAAAUGAGGCUAGCCUAGUUAAGCCUGAUCUUUUUUUCUGUUUGUGAAAAAGAGCUGAGCAGAGCCAGAGACUGCAUGGUGGUUUCAGAAACUGCUUACUUAAUUCGGAAAUAACAAUGGUUGGAAAGGCUAGAUCUUCUAAUUUUACAUUAUCUGAAAAGCUUGAUUUGCUAAAGCUGGUGAAGCCAUAUGUUAAAAUUCUUGAAGAGCACACUAAUAAACAUUCAGUAAUAGUGGAAAAGAACAAAUGCUGGGAUAUCAUAGCAGACAAAUAUAAUGCUAUUGGAGUGGAUCGCCCGCCUCGUACAGCACAAGGCCUGCGUACCCUCUAUAAAAGGCUCAAAGAAUACGCCAAACAGGAGCUCUUGCUGCAAAAGGAGACUCUGUUAGAUCAUAGGAGCAGUAUUUCUGAGCCAACCAAGAAAGUUGUGGAAAUGAUUCCCCAGAUUUCCAGUGUGUGCCUAGGAAGAGACAAGAACAAUAUACAAAGUGCAAACGUGGAUAAGGAAGCGCAUGCAGGUACCAGUUUGCCACAGGUGAUGUUGGAACACCAUCCUGUUGCUAUUACAGUGGAGUUGGACCAAGAAGAAGAUAUUAAACCACCUCCUUCACUAAUUGUAGAUUCUCAACAGAAUGAGACAUUAGAGCAAAGAGAAGAGCACGAAUUCGUCCGUGUUAUGGAGCAAUCUUCACCCUCGCUCUCCCCUGUUGAUACAAGAAUGACAUUAUCACCAUCUUCUCUUCCAAGGAGAGAUGAUUUUUUUAGACAUGAAAGUGGAGAACAUUUUAGACCAUUAUUAGGAUAUGACCCACAAACAUUGCAAAUGAUGAGGGAGGAGCAUCAGAUAAUUUUAGAAAAUCAAAGAAAAUUUGGACUGUAUGUUCAAGAAAAGAGAGAUGGAUUAAAGAGAAGGCAACAGCUUGAGGAAGAGCUUCUAAAAGCAAAAAUCAAAGUGGAGAGACUGAGAGCAAUACGCCUAAGACGAGAUCUUCCUGAAUACAAUAGUCUCUAAAUAUUUAUUGUUUUGUCUCAUAACCUGAAUUUUUCACCUGUGAUUUAAAUUAAAUUAAAUUGUCUUGACAUAGUCAAUUUCAUAAGGGAAUUUGCUGGAUUAGUUUCCCUCUAUUUUAAGAAAACCUUAAAAGAAUUUAUCAUUUCAUAUUUUUUGAUUGGUUGUAUGUCUGUAAUGCAUAUUUUAAAACUUCCUCCUAAAUUUUAUUGGUGAGGAGUUUCAAGACCAACUGGUCUUAAAGAUGUUUUGACCUUUUUUUCAUUGAUGUUCUUAAAUAUUUCAGGAGAAACUUUCACUUCUUGUCUAGAAAUAUUGAAGUUGAUCUUUAAAAGAGGGAAAAUGCUAAUUAGAAAUUUUCUAAUAAUCUUAUUAAAUAUUGUGAUAUUCUUAUAAGAAUUAAUUGCUCUAUAUGACACUGAUUUUCAUCCUUUUUUUCUCUUAAACAGUUUUUUGGAUGCCUUUUUACACUAUAGUCAUUUCUAGAAAUAUACUAUAUUGCCCUCAACUGCCCCAGAGUUGAAUCCUACCUUGUAACAAAGAAAAACAGUUAGGCAAAAACAUCUGAUACAAGUGACUUUAAUUGACAAUAUAUUCAACAUAUCCCUUUGCUGAGAAAGAGAUCAUACCUGUCUUUUUAAAGAUUAAAUCAUAGAACCAUAGAAUUUUAGAGCUUGAAGGGACUUAUUGAAGAUCAAACCCUCUCAUUUUAUAGAGGAACAAACUGAAAUGCAGAUAAAUUAAGGGGCUUAUCAGAAGUCACAAACUAGUUAUUAACAGAUCUGGGAUUAGAAUCUAUUUCUGACUUAUAGUCCAGUAAUCUUUUUAUUAUACUACAAUUCCCACCAGCCAUUUAAAAUAUUCCUCAUUGUGGUUAGCAGUAUAGCAAAAAUUUUUUUUCAGUAUAUACAUAGAUACACACACACAUGAUGUUUCAUUAAAUAAUUCAUUUCAAAAUGAUAUAAAUUAGUGAUAGGAAAGGAAUUUUGUAAAAUUAGCACAAAAUGAAGAAAAGUUAUCCACUUUUUAUUUUUUAUUAAUAACAUUAAAAUUUGCCUUAAUUUGAUACAUCUCAGUAUUCAGUAAUAUUUCAAUAAAAAUCAGUAUUAAAAACUAAAAUAAUAAUAAAGUAGCAUAUCUAUAUGUAUUUGUAAUCUAUGAUAUGAUCUGAGCCCCUACUAAGUUUUUUUUGAAAUUUAUAUUCCAGGAUUUCUAGCUUUUGAAUAUAGAAAUCCUUGACUUCUAAAGAUAAGUUUAAAUGUCUUGAUCUUAUUCUUGAAUAAAAACAACAAAGAAGAAAAUCAUCACAAUAUCUAAAUAAUAUCUAAAAUACAAAAAAGAUGAAAUUGCAAUAAUCAGAUUUUUCUGAUAAUCCAAACAAACCUGGUAUUUUGAAUAGUUAUUACAAUAUCUAGAUGACUGAAGUUUUUGCUUUUUUUGUCCAAAUAAGUAUAUAUAGAAUAACCUAAUUUCAGUACACCUUAAAUGUUUAAUGAUAACAAAUAGAAACAUUCUGUUUGAAUUAUAGAAAAAGACUUAAAGUUAUAAGAUAUUUAAAAGUUAAAAAUUUUUUCCCUAGGCCCAUCAACCUUUGAUUUCUACUUCUUGCUAGUUUAUUUCACAAUGUUGUUAAUUUUAAUUAGAAAUGAACUGAGAAAAUUUAGAUUUUUGCUUCUUUUUGUAUGUCAGUUGCUUAGAUCUCUUGUUUGAAAAGAACAAAAAAGGAAUUCUUAGGAAAAUGAUUUUUAGAAGAAAUUUAUAUAUUCAUUCUUUUGAAUUUAAAAUGAUUCACAUUUUUAUAUUUUAUUGUAUCUUAAAUUCUAAAUAUAGUUAAUUUUCUUUUUGUUUUUUGUUUUUCUAUUUGUGAUUUGAAUUCACUGUCUCUAUAUGUAUGUUCAUAUAUAAAUAUUAUGGACUUAGGAGUUUCAUUUUUUUUGUUAAGGGUGAGUUUCAUUGAAGCUUCUGAGAAGAGUAUAGGAUACUUCUUUAGGAGUAAUAGAACAGUUUUAUGAAAUUUUUUUCACUUCAUUUCAAUUAGCAACUGUCCAUCAGAUCAGACUCUGUUGAUACAAAAGCAAAAGAAGCUUGGAGUUUAAGGGGAAGAGGGGAGAAGAGAGAAAGAAGGUUGGGGAGACAAUGGAUAGUUCAAUGCACACAGAUAAGUAUAAAACAUUGACAAAGGGAAAUAAAAUAACUUUUUUUGCAGGGGCAGAGAGUGCUCACAUCUGGAGGGUUCAAGAAAAGCUUUGUGUAGGGAGGUAACACUAGAGCCUUGAAUGAAAACUGGGAUUCCAAGAGGUGAGGUUAAGAUGAGAGAGCCUUCCAGUCAUGGAAACUGAAUGCUUUUAAGCCUGAUUACUGAGGAACUAUAAAUAUCCUAAGAAUUACUUAAAAAAUCUACUGAUAAUAAGGUAUAAUAGUCCACAGUGAUAAGAUGGCUUGAUAAUGGCCUACUUUGAGAUGGCAAAGUACUGUUUUCUUGUAUUUUUAUUUUUAACAUACAUUCACCUGUGUUUAAACCAUCAAAUUUGGUGUUCGUUAUAUGUUUAUGGAGCAUUCCUUGAUACAGCAUUGUGUUAACAUUCACAAGGUGUAUUAAAUAGCUAAUAGAUUAGAAAAUGGAUAGGAUUAAUUGUGUUCCCCUUUCUUACAUAUAUUUUCCACUCUUCUGUUCUUUAAAUUCUAUUCAGAUAUUUGGUUGGAAGUAGCAAAUAUUUCCUACAGAUGUAGGAAUUAAAUUAAGGAAGAAUUUGUUAGAUAGAGGUCUUCUCUGCUUUUAAGAUAUGGACCUACCAAACGUCAUCUUGAAUUCUGUACAUAUAAUUUACCUGGGCUUAAGCAAAGUGUUCAGUAAAGAAUUUUAUUAUGAUUUUGUGGAGAGAAUGGAGAGAUGAGGAUUACAUGCUAAUACAAUCAUGUAUUCUAAGGGAUAGCUGGACUCAAAGAUAAGUCAUUAUGAUUAGAUGCCAACAUGGCUGGAAAUAUUCAGUAAAGUGCCUCAAUUUUUAUCAAAGACUUAGAUAAAAGCAUAUGUAGCAUGCUCGUCAGAUUUUCCAUUGAUAUUAAGCUGGAAAAGAGAGCUCAGAGACACUUGAUGACAGAAUCAGGAUCCCACAAGAUCUUACCUUGUUAACUCAUUGAACCAAGUCUAAUGAGCUGAAAUUGAAGAGGGAAAAAAAAAACUUUUACAAUUGAACUGAAAAAAAACCCCAAAAAACAAAAAAACAAACAUGUACAUAAUAGGGAAGCUAUGGUUAGACAAUAGUUGGACUGAAAAAGAUCCUGGUGUUCUAUGGACAGCAACUUUGAGUAUGACUCAGCAAUUUAUUGUGACAGCCAAAAGAGCUAAAUAUUCUUGGGCUUAAAUAAGAGAGGCAUAACUAAUAAGAAUAGGGAACUGAUAGUUCUUGUGUACUUUGCUCUAGACAGAACUCAUAGGGAAUAUGUUUAGUUCUGGGUAUCAUAGUUUAAGAAAAGUAUUGGUAAAUUGGAAAGUAUCUAGAAAGGCAAACAAGAUUCUCAAAGGUCAUAGUUCUAAGGAGUAGCAGAAGGCAUUGAGGAUGCUUGCCCUUGAGUAGAAAGGGCUCAGAACAGACAUGAUUGCUAUCUUCAAGCACUGGAAGAGCUGUUUCUCUCUGCUUUCAGUGAGAAAAACCAGGAGCUGAGAGUAAAAAUUGCAAAUAAGCAAAUUUAGACUGGAUAUUAAGAAAAAAACAUUCUGAUAAUGAGAGCUUUCCAAAAGUGAAAUGGGUUGCUUUUAGAAGUGGUAGAUUGUCCCUCUUUGGGGAAGCCAUUUAUUCUUCUUUAAGUAGAACCUGAAUAACUCUUUGUUAAAUAUGUUAUGUAUGGAUUGGACUAAAUGCUUGUUGAGGUCCCUUCUAGUUCUCAAAUUCUGUGAUUCUAUGAAGGAGGAUAGUGGCAUUUUAAAGGAAGACUCAACCGUUUCCCAAAAAAGUUAGUAAGAGUUGAUUUUCUGAAAAAAUGAAUGACUAUAAGGUAUAUGUAAGUUUUAUUUAGAUUCAACCAAUUAUUUUAGUUAAUUUUGUGCAUAUGUAUAUAUUAAGCAUUUAAAGUCAAUCUGAGCAUUUGAAAAUGGUUCCAACAUAGACCAUAGGAUCAUAUAGCUGGAAAGAACUUCAGAGGUGACCUAGUCUAGUCCCCUUGUUUUAUAGACGAGGUAUCUCAGUCACAGAUUUCAACAGGUGAUAAUUGAGUCUAGGUCCUCUGAGUCCAGAGAUAGAGAUCUUUUUAUUAUUCUAUGAUGCUUUCUGUUACUUCUGUUUAAAAUCAAAGCACUAAUUGAUUUCUUCAAUGUUAAUUUACUGUGUGCUUAGAUUUUUCAUCAAAAAGUGAAAUUUAUCAAAAGUUAGGUAAAUGGUUUAUAUAUUUAAGCCUGCUUAGCCAAUGUUUCUAGUUUUUUAGACAUAUAGUGACAACUAUUAGAAAAUAUGGCAUAUACAUCCUAAAUUUUUGUGGGCAAAUUAAACAUGAGUUAUGAGAAAAAUAAUGAAGUCUUUUCAACUACAACAUGCCUCUAGAUUUCUUGAAAUUCUAUAAUUGCAUCUAAUGCUUUUUUAUUUCAUGAGAAAUCAGCUUCGUAUAAUUUGAUUUUUGAAUGAUUUAUUCCCCCCUUUCCUGUCCAUUCCUUUAAGUGAUCAUUCUUGUGUAUUUAGGUGAAUAUGCCUAAAAUAUGUAUCAUGUUCCAUGUGCCUUUUUUAGAGCAAUCUCAUAAAUUUUAAAUAGUCAUGUUUAAAUAAUUUAAACAAUGGAUUGGAAUAGAUUGUAUUUAACUUUACAGGAUGCAUGAACCUACUUGAAAAUAUUUUGUUAACAGUGUUCUUUUAAAAUAUAAAAUAAAGAAUUUGUUACUUUUAUUGUU